CUUAUUCGACUAUUCGUAGUCCAUUGAAUUUUAGAAGACCUCAUUUCUUCAUCUUCUUCAUAAUAUCCAUGGCCGCCGCCGCCGCCACCGCCGGCGCCGUCCAUAAUCUCCAUCGUCUCUCCGAUCAGCCUUCCUCUCCCCUCAAAACCCUAUCAUCAUCAUCAUCAUCUCUCCUCCUAAAAACCAAACCCUUCCUAUUCCGAACUCAUAAACUCCUAACAACCGUCGCCGUCACAAAAUAUCCAAUCGCCGAGAUCUUCACAGACUCCGAUGAUGAUUACUCCGACAAGCCACGUGAAGAAUGCGGCGUCGUCGGUAUCUACGGCGAUCCAGAAGCCUCACGUCUCUGUUACCUCGCUCUCCACGCACUCCAACAUCGCGGCCAAGAAGGAGCAGGAAUCGUCGCUGUUAACGAAAACAUCCUAAAAUCAAUCACCGGUGUCGGCCUCGUUUCCGAAGUAUUCAACGAAUCGAAACUAGAUCAACUUCCCGGCGAUAUAGCAAUCGGACACGUCCGUUAUUCAACAGCCGGUGAAUCAAUGUUGAAAAACGUUCAACCGUUCGUUGCUGGUUACAGAUUUGGAUCAGUCGGCGUCGCUCAUAAUGGUAAUUUAGUUAAUUAUAAAACCCUAAGAGCAAUGUUAGAAGAGAAUGGUUCGAUCUUUAAUACUGGGUCAGAUACAGAAGUUGUUCUUCAUUUAAUUGCAAUUUCGAAAGCUAGACCUUUCUUUUUGAGAAUAGUUGAAGCUUGUGAGAAGCUUCAAGGAGCAUAUUCAAUGGUGUUUUUAACAGAAGAUAAAUUAGUUGCAGUUCGUGAUCCAUAUGGUUUUCGACCUUUAGUAAUGGGGAAAAGAAGCAAUGGGGCAAUCGUUUUCGCUUCAGAAACAUGUGCGCUUGACCUAAUCGAAGCAACCUACAUCAGAGAAGUAAAUCCAGGCGAAGUUUUGAUAAUCGAUAAAGAAGGAAUUCAAUCCCUUUGCUUAAUGCAACACCCACAGCCAAAAUCCUGCAUAUUUGAACACAUUUACUUCUCAUUACCAAACUCAAUUGUAUUCGGAAAAUCUGUUUACGAAUCCCGUCACAAAUUUGGUGAGAUCCUCGCCACUGAAUCGCCCGUCGACUGCGACGUAGUCAUUGCAGUUCCUGAUUCAGGUGUGGUCGCUGCCAUCGGAUACGCUGCGAAAGCUGGUGUGGGUUUUCAGCAGGGGUUGAUCCGGUCUCAUUAUGUAGGUCGAACUUUCAUUGAACCUUCUCAAAGGAUUCGUGAUUUUGGCGUGAAACUUAAGUUGUCUCCGGUUAGGGCAGUUCUUGAAGGAAAACGAGUUGUGGUUGUUGAUGAUUCUAUUGUUAGGGGAACUACUUCGAGUAAGAUUGUUAGGCUUUUGAAGGAGGCGGGUGCAAAGGAAGUCCAUAUGAGGAUUGCGAGUCCUCCGAUUAUAGCUUCUUGUUAUUAUGGAGUUGAUACAGCUAGUAAGGAGGAAUUGAUUUCGAAUAGGAUGAGUGUUGAAGAGAUAAGAAAUUACAUUGGUUGCGAUUCUCUUGCGUUUCUGUCAUUGGAGAGUUUGAAGAAGCUUUUAGGGACUGAAAAUUCAAAUUACUGUUAUGCUUGUUUCUCUGGGAAGUAUCCUGUUGAUCCUAACGGUCAUAUUGAUGGCGGUUUUGUUCAGGGGACAACAAUGACUCACGUGGAGAAGGAGGAGGUUAAACAGAGUUAGAGGGACCCUGGUUGGUUGGUUUGUUUGUUUGGGUUUUGGCUUAUUUGAAAAUAUUAUAAUAAUGUUUGAAUUUUAAUGGAUCAUCACCAUUUUUAUCCCUUCAAAUUUUGGAUUUUUUAAUGGAUAAA